AGGGAAAUUAAAUCGAAGGAGCGAGCAAUCAGUAGUUCUUGAACCAUUGUACACGAUGGUCGAAGCACUGGCGUAUUAUAGUUUCCCUAGAACUCUCUUAACAGUAAUAGGACUUUGGCCGUAUCAGAACACGAAAUUCACCAUUUUGAAAAACAGCUUCAUCAGUUUCAGUUUUUUUAUUUUUAUCGUGGCACAGGUGCUGUAAUUAUUAUUUAAUUUUUUUUUUAUUUUAUUAUGUAGCUCUCACACUUCCUUCGAUUGAACACAGUAACGAGUGUGCAUUCAAGUAACUGCAUUGUGAUAAUCGUGCCACUAUCCUUAUUUAUACCUUAUUUAUACCUUCUUUUAAUUAAAAAAAAAAUUUUUACACAUAUACUUAAAAUUUUGAGUUAUAUUUCUCGUAUGUGUAAACGGUUUAAAUCCGCGUGAAGGUUUCAUAAUCUGAACCUAUUAAUUGAAGAUCCACUAUCGUGGCGCGUUUUCUUUUUUAAUUUCUAUUCUUGUACAAAUAUUUUUUAUUAUUACACGAUAUUUCUAAAAAUUUUUCAAUUCAGUAGCAAUUGAUUUGUUUCUAUUAAUCCCUUGAUCAUAAAAAUUUUUGAUAACGAAUAGUCCAGAUAAUAAAUAAAUAAAAAAGAGACAGUAAAUAAAUUAAAUUAAAUUGUAUUUUUUUAAAACUUAUUAUAUAUAAUUGUUUUUUUUUUAAACUUAUAUAUGUUGUAUAUUAUGUUUGCUUUCAUUGAACAGGAAUAUUCGUCAAAUUCCCCUCUGUGAAUAUUUCCAUAAUUCAUUACGUUUUCCAGUGUGUGGUCUUCAUAACCAGGGAAUUCAUGCUAAAGUACGUUUCGUUCGUGCUCAUGAGCUUGGGCUCUUUUGCAAAGUACAAUAUAAAUUGGUAUCAACUUCCUACAGUAAGUACUCGAUCGUCUAGU